AUGUCCGCGGGCGGCGCGGAGGAGCCUCCGCCAUGCGUGCUGCUGCGCAACUGCACCAUCGUGCAGGCGGGCGGCGCGGGGAUCGUUGCUGACGUGGAUGUGCGCGCGGCGCAGCACGUGCUGGUGCAGGGCAAGCGAAUCGCGUUCGUCGGCGACGCGCUGCCGUCCGACCUGCUCGCGUCGCUGACGGCGUCGCGGCCGCCAGUGGUGAGCCUCCUCGCCAGCUUUCUUGUCCCCCUUUGUGCCGCGCUUCCCUUGUGCCGCGCUUCUCUUUCCGUUGUGCCGCGCAUCCUCAACCCGCCCCGCCCCACCGCUUAUGCCGCGCCUCCCUCACUGCCGCGCCUGCGCCGCACGUGCGCCUGCCAGCGCUGCAGCCCCACCGGGUGCGCCUCACAUGCCCUCUCGCUUCUUCUCCCGAUGCACGCCUCCCCUCCUUCCGCUCCUUCCACCCAUGCCCCAUGCGCCCCUUUCCCCGUGGAGAUCGACCUAGCAGGGCGCUACCUCCUCCCGGGGCUGUGCGAUGCGCACGUGCACGUCACAGCAGCGGCCUCUGCGGAUCUGCACGCGCUGGCGGCGCUGCCCGUGUCGCUGGUGGCGUGCCGCGCCGCCAGGGGACUGCAGGCCAUGCUCAUGAGAGGCUUCACCACCGUGCGCGAUGCUGGGGGGUGCGACCAGGGGCUGGCUCAGGCAGUGGAGGAGGGAACGGUGGAGGGACCACGCAUCCUCAUAUCAGGCCACGCCCUCUCCCAGACAGGAGGCCACGGGGACAUGCGCAAGCCCUCUCACGAUACCCUCCCCGUCGCCGCCCCCUCCUCCUCUCUCUGCGCCUGCUCCUCCGCUGCCUCUGCUGUCGGCGGCCUGGGCAUCGGCCGCGUCUGCGACGGCGAGGCUGAGGUUCGGCGGGCGGUUCGGGAGGAGCUUCGGCGGGGAGCGCGGCAGAUCAAGGUGAUGGCGUCGGGCGGCGUAUCGUCACCGUCGGAUCGCGUGGAGAGCGUGCAAUUCUCGGAAGGGGAGAUGCGGGCGGCGGUGGAGGAGGCGGAGGCGCAGGGGACUUACGUGAUGGCGCAUGCAUAUACGGCGCGUGCGAUCAAAAGGGCAGUGGAGUAUGGUGUUCGCAGCAUUGAGCAUGGCAAUAUGCUGGACGAGGAAGCAGCAGAACUCAUGCUGCAGAGAGGAAGCUUCCUGGUGCCCACGCUGGUGACGUACGAGCGGAUCAAGCAGGCGGGGCAGCAGAGCGGCAUGGACGGCAGCAUUGUUGCCAAGGUGCAGGACCUGCUAGAGAGGGGGCUUGAAGCGGUGGCACUGGCAGAAAGAAAGGGUGUGCCGAUAGUCUUUGGCUCGGACCUUCUAGGUCCCAUGCAGUCCCACCAGCUGCAGGAGUUUGGCAUCCGCAGCAAGGUGCAAUCACCAGCGUCCAUUCUUCGGUCUGCUACAACUGCCGCCGCACGGCUUUUUGGCAUGGAAGGAGAAAUCGGGGUGGUGGUGGUUGGUGCGCUUGCGGAUUUGAUUGUGCUGGAUGGAAAUCCAUUGGAAGACAUCAGCAUAUUGACUGAUUCUAAUAACCUUAAGCUGGUCAUGAAGGACGGGGCCGUUGUGAAAAGGGAUAUUUAUUAA